UCCUCUGCAAUCCAACGGCUUGUAUUGCUCGCCCUCACGUCCCCUCUCUCUCUCUUCCCUGGUUCCUGAUAUUCAGUGCGCUAACUCGCUUUUCAAAAACCAUACAUCUGCAGGUCUUCGAUCGUUUUGCUUCCUCCUGAUGAAACAAGUGGAGGAGAAAUACUGCUGCCUCCGAAGAGAAAUGCUACAAGCAUAAUAAGGCUUUAAUGGUGCAGAGUGCAAUCAGUUCAAAUCGAUCUUCUUUCCUCACUUCUCUCUCUAGAAUGCCUCUGCCCACAAGGUAUCACAUCUUGUCUCUCUAGAAUGCCUGUAUCCACAAGAUCUCAGGUUUCAGGGUCCCAAGAUGGCCCAAAUGUAACCAACAAAGCUCGAGCCAGGAUUGAGUGCCACCCUGAACCAGAGGGAGCUGAAAUCGCAGACCCCUUUCUCAACAACCCUCACCAUGGUCUCAAAGAGAAGCUCAAAGCCCUCACCCUCCUUUAUGAGCAACAAAAGAACCUACCAGCCUCAGAGAGAAGGUUUGCCACACACCCAAGCAUCGACCUCUUGGGCUCGAAAAGAGGAGCUCCUGAGGAGGACCUCACCCACAGAAAAUCACCCAUGAGAGUGAAAACAGGGGAGCUCAAAGAAAGAGGCACACCCAUUAGUGAGAAAACCCAGGGGAUUGAAGAGAGAAUCAAACCCCUGAGAGAGAAAACCCGGGGACUCAAAGAAAGAAGUGAACCCAUGAGAGAGAAAACCCAGGAACUCGAAGAAAGAAGUGAACCAAUGAGAGAGAACAUGAUGCCUGGUUAUGGGGUGAAGCCUUUAAUAGCGGGUCUCUCACUUGAAGAGAACCGAAGCCAUUGGUUAGAGGCAAAGGAGAAUAUCGACCGAUUUGGGUUCUCAUGCCCAAAAGUUCAAAAGGAGUUGGCAAUGUCAAGUGUGGCGAUGAAGCUGAGCAUGGGGAGUGGCAACCAAUCUGAAGGGAAAGGGAGUAGGUUUCAGAAAAUAGAAAGCAAAGAGCUUCAAACCAUCUCAGAGACAGGUGGGGUGGGAACUCGAAUUCUUGUAUUUGUGAGGCUGAGGCCUAUGGCAAAGAGAGAGAAAGAGGCAGGAUCUCGUUGUUGUGUGAGGAUCCACAACAAAAGAGAUGUUUACCUCACUGAAUUUGCAACAGAAAAUGAUUAUCUUCGUCUCAAGAGGCUCCGGGGUCGCCAUUUCACCUUCGAUGCCUCAUUCCCUGAUUCCACCACCCAACAGGAGGUCUAUACCACUACGACGGCAGAGCUGGUUGAAGGAGUGCUCCAAGGUAGGAACGGUUCAGUAUUUUGCUACGGGGCUACAGGGGCCGGAAAGACAUACACGAUGCUAGGAACUGUCAACCAUCCCGGAGUCAUGGUGCUUGCCAUCAAAGAUCUCUUCUUCAAGAUAAGGCAGAGGAGUUGUGAUGGAAACCAUGUGGUUCACCUCUCUUAUCUAGAGGUCUACAAUGAGACAGUUCGGGAUUUGCUAUCGCCCGGGAGGCCACUGGUCCUCAGAGAAGAUAAGCAGGGGAUCAUGGCAUCUGGGCUAACACAGUACAGAGCCUACUCCACAGAUGAGGUCAUGGCUCUGCUUCAACAGGGUAACCUGAACAGAACCACCGAGCCUACCCGAGCCAAUGAGACCUCCUCACGUUCACAUGCCAUUUUGCAGGUUGUGGCAGAAUACAAGGUGCGGGAAGGAGGCAACUUGCUGAGUCGAGUUGGGAAGCUAUCCUUGAUCGACCUGGCUGGUUCCGAGAGGGCUCUGGCUACUGAUCAGAGGACGGUUCGGUCAUUAGAAGGGGCCAACAUAAACCGGUCACUACUAGCCCUGAGCAGCUGCAUAAAUGCAUUGGUGGAGGGGAAGAAGCACAUUCCUUAUCGUAACUCUAAGCUAACCCAGCUCCUCAAGGACUCAUUGGGGGGUGCUUGCAACACAGUGAUGAUAGCCAACAUCAGCCCGAGCAACCUGUCUUUUGGCGAGACCCAAAACACCCUACACUGGGCUGACCGUGCCAAGGAGAUUCGUACCAAGGCCUAUGAUGUAAAGGAUGAGUUGUUGCCAGUCCCAGAAUCAGGAAAUGAUCAAGCAAAACUGCUGCUAGAGUUGCAAAAGGAGAAUAGGGAACUAAGAGUACAAUUAGCUCGUUACCACCAAAAAUUCCUCAAUGUUCAGGCACAUUCACUAGCAGCAGCCGGCAGCUCUCCCACACCAUCCAUAUCAUCCCCCUCCUCACUUCUAUCCCCUCACUUCUCUUCAAUCACAAAUCACCCCAAAGAAAGGCGUCGCUCCAAGCUCUCCUCUAUCAUGCCUGGGUCCAACCAAGAUGAAGAGGGGGAAACCACACACAUCCUCAGGCAGAAGGUGCAGUCCCUUGAAAACGAAUUAGAGCGCUUGAAACUUGAGCAUGAGUUGCAACUCAAGCAUAGCAUGGAAAUCAUAAGAGAACUCACCCUUAACCAGAAGCCCCCUUCACCCCGAAAAGGCCAUGAUGAUAUGAGCCCAUCACGCAUGGCUUCUCUUAAAUGCAUUCUUAGUAGGCAACAGCAACAAACCCAGCAGAAGAGAGGGGAGGAUGAUGAAGGAGGGGCGAGGCCGAGAAGGAUGGUAUCAUCUUCCUCUAAGCAUGUUGUCACAAGGACAGGUUUACGAGCAGCAGCAUGUGAGACGACGAUGAAGAAGAAGGGAGGGGGAGGAAGCGAUGAUUUGAAGAGCCCUUCACAUAGGUUUGUGUCCCCCAUUCCCACUGCAAAGAAGAGGAGCUAUUGGGACAUCACCACUGCCAACAGCCCUUCGGUCGCGGUUGCCCAUGGUAGGAGCACCAGAAGCCAUGUAGCGGCAGAAACUCCUUCCAUGCUCCUCCAGCUUGCCUCUCCAUGUUUCUGGUUUGUGUUAAUUUUGGGGCCACAUCUUGUGGGUUACUUCCUUCAGCCUGGCUUUGCCCGUCAGAGGCCACCCAUCAAUCGCAACCGCUGAAACACAGAGAAAGAAAUGGAGGAAAACGUAAUGUCAAGAAUGGAGUUCACCCAUUAUUACAUUUGCCAUUGCUGGACUAAGCAAACAACGAGGCAAAUAUAUUUAUGCAGGCAUACAAUAUACCAUUGUUAUCUGCAAUCUUUUUAUUUAUUUUCAUAUCCAUUCUUUGAGGGAAAAUUGAUUCUGCCAUUGGUGAUAUCAUAUCACAUAUUUAUUCACUCCAAGGAUGCGAACUCAAAAGUGUUGUAAUCCUAUUCAUUUCUUUAUAUUCUUGUGCUUUCUAUAAUGGGUGAGCUGAAAGGAUUUUUACUUAUUAGUUCAAUUAUUUAUCGGGGAAUUUAUCAAUUUA